GUGCUCCGAAAUUGAUGUUGUAUGCGCCUGCUCUUCUUGUGCUACCCUUGGGAUAGAACCAAUUCUUUUCUUCAACGUCUUUCCUUCACCUACGUUGCUUCUUCUGCUUCUUCUUCUUUUUCCUCUUCUACUACUUCUCACAUUCCUUUGCUUCUAGAGCUUGCAUCAAUCGCCUCAUCCUCGCAGUGCGAGUGUGGAAUGUUAGUUAAUUUCAAUUCCCACGAAUCAUUCACCUGCUACACCCGACCUGUUGGCCGCCACGCUCUGCUCAACACCAAUGGUAUGCAUUCCUGCUACCGAACCACCCUGUCGGCGAUAGUGGUCAAUGACAACAUAACUCCCCGGCACAAUUAGACGAUGGAUGAUGCUGCACAUGCCCAUCCUCAUUCACCUGCCGCUACCCUCGCGCGUCCUCGGUCGACCACUACUCUAAGCCUACGCGAACAACAUCCUGCUCAGUCAACCCCUAGAUCCGUCCCCCACACUCGCCAGCAGCGUCUACUAAGUACCCGCCAUGCAAGGUUUUCCGCUCAGAGGUUGUCUGUGAACGGCCUCACCAUCCCCUUUGCUCGCCCAGUUCGAUCGUCCGAAAACGAGAACCCUCACUACUCCAGCCCCAGAUUCAUUAAGCGCGAAGAGGACGGAGACAAUACUGGGAGAUCAGCAGAUGUGAAGAGCACGUCUCCAAAGUCUUCUAUUCUCAACGAAAUCACCAACUCGGUCGUUUACCGUGUGCGCGACCUGCAAAAGAGACCUCCGAUUCCAGUCUUUCAAGGGUCUCCAGGGGGAUCUUGCACAGAAGACGUGAGGCAGCACACGCCCUCUAUCUAUCAGGACGCCUCAAGCGAAUUUCAGACCCCUUCAGUCACCGGCUCUACGCCAGAGUCGCCCAGCAUGGGACUCCGAGAGGUCUCAGUCAACCUUCCGCGACCAUCACCUCACAAGGAGUCGCCGUCUUAUCGUUCCAUACGAAGCAGCCCUCGCCGCAAGACUUCUCUAGCCAAACCUCGAUUCAAUUCGGAAGAAUACAUUGAACACAUUGAAAACGAGUUGCAGAUGGUCAAAGAUGCCAUGUAUUCGCCCACCACCAAUAUCUCAUGGAAAGAAAAGCUUAAGAAGGCGAAAGAUGAGAAUGAGCGGCUCCUCAAGGAAAUCGAGAUGACGAGAGUUUCUUUUGAAUUGGAAUUGCGUGCGACGGUGGAGCGGUCAGCAGAGACUGAAAUGAAACUGAAGCGGAAGAUUAAGGAUCUUGAAGAUGAAGUCGAUCUUAAACGGACCGUCAUACAAGAUUUGGAGGUUGACCGAGAAGAAAAGAGAAUCGACCAGAGCACAAUGGAAGCCUUGAGGGCGAGAAUUGACAGAUUGGAAGAAGAAAAGGUCAGCCUUGAGGUUACGAAUAUGGACAUGGAGAAGCGGAACGAGGUUUUGACCCAGCUACUCGCACUCUCGCCUACGAAGAUGCAGCAAAGCUUCCAACUUCCAACACCACGACGAAAGUCUGCACGUCCAAUGUCCAUGAUUAUUCCCCGGAUGCCGUCUUCUCCUUCGACCCGAACCCCAGCCAGCAGGCCCCAGUCAGUCCUCGUCUCACCGGCGCUUCCAAUUGCCGAUUACUUUCCAAUCAAUGUCGCAUCCUCACCCAUCGCAGCAAAUCAAUAUGGCAUUAGUGGACCUUCUCUAGGAGGUUCCGACGAUGUGGAAUCAGUCCGUUCUGGGACCAGCAUAUCCUACUCGCAAGCAACAGACGUGACAGACUCGAGACGCUUAACCAUGGCUUCUCAUGCGCUGAGUAGUCCAGAAAUCAUUCCUACCAAUUCUUCAGACAUGAGACCGCCACUACUAGCACGACAAGCUUCAAAGAGAAGACCUCGAAAAUUUAUGCCAGGCUCAACUCAAUUAAAGCCUCUGUUGUUGCCGACAUUCACAGCUGACAACGGCAAUUUGCCUUCGACCUCGCCUAUCACCUCGCCCAAACGACCGUUCUCAACUCAUAUUGCUGGACCGUCCUACAGACCUAGAGAAGACACUCUUUCCAUUUCACGAAGUACGACCACAGAUAUUUCUAAUAGCAGCGCACCUUCCAGCCCGACCCGUGAGCUCAGUGACCAACCCGGUCCGUCUCUUCAGAACUUAGACCAGGUACUUGCUCAGCAUGAGGAGACUUUUCAAGGUGAUGCUAUAAACGAAGCACUUGCUAAGCUCACUCAGGGGGCUCAUGAUGCACAAUAUCACACCCCUGUGCAGCAGAUAAAUCCGAAGCAAACAAUCAAAGCCUCGAGCUUCGAGACGCCAGGAUCCCGCCCACGGGUCAAUUCUUGGCUGCUGAGAACUUCCACAACCGGUUGUGAUGCUGAGGACUCCCCGCUUGAUACUGCAAGUGACAGGCUAGGCGCCAGAAAUGUUCUUGUGACCGAUGAUUCCCCAGAUAUAAUUUCAGGUGCCAUUGCACGAGAUUUUGGCGAUCUUCGGGUAUCAACCGUCGGACACGUGGGGGACGGUAUUGAUAUACCCCGACCUUUGUUCUCCAAAGAGCGCGGGCAGCCAGGAGGACCCUGUCAAUCACCCUCAUACUAUGACCAGUCACCAUUAAAUCCUCGAAAACGUCGCAAAGCAGACUCGGUCCGCAAGGAUAGGCGCUUGGAGGACGACAACACCGACGAGAACGCUUUGAAAAAGCCCUUUGAAUCAGAGACCACGAGGCAAGUGCUGACUCCAAGCUCUGUUGUGCAACGAGCAGCUGGACAAGCUGGGAACCGCCCCAACCAUUCUGCAAAGGGAAGCCAGAAUGCUGCAAGACCACGCAACCCGAUUGAACUUCUUCAACAACGGAACAUGGGCUCAAGGACUUUGGCCGCCAUAACCAUUCGCACUGUGUAUGCUACCUUGACGAGAUAUACGUCCUACAUACAGAGCUUCAAACGUGACCCUCUUGCUCUUGCUCGACGAGUCAUAGCAAAUGCAUGGAGAGCUAAUUGGGGGGCUUUUGGAAAGCUGAGUUGGUGGGUGCUGGGCUUAUUCCUCGGGCACCGCACCGUCAAACACGAACAAUCAGAGUGGGACUGGGAACAAUAUGACGGCGAGAGCAUUGCCAAUCGAUGCUGCGAUGGCACACCGGCAGAGACUGGAGUGCAGGGGGAUGAACGUCCCAUCCAGGAAGCAUCCCAUGAACGGACUGCCGACACACGCACGAAGAAUCCUCCUGACGAAGCGUCUGCAUCUAUGCGAAAGGACAUGAAAGCCGGUUGGGGCAAAUCCUUAUAUCUCUGGGGCAAGUUCAGUGUUGCGAUCAUGCUUGCUGUGGGUGGAGCGAUAAUUAAAGGACCGGCAGAAAUGUUGCGAGAGACUGAAGAGCGAAGACGGUCACGACAGAACAGUAUUGCUGACAGUCAAGGAGCACACGAGCGUAAUCAGUCCAGCAUUUCUCCUGGCACAGCUGAGCACAGUCAGGAAUUGGACCAGAAAAGCCAAGGACAGUCUCAAGGACACAUUACUGGCCACGACGCAUUUCAAGCAAGAGAGCCGGUCCGCUUACGCCGAAGCCAUAGCUCUCCAACACCUUCACCACGAGGCUACCGCUUUGACACUACUGUAGCGGAACACAAUGCUUCCACUACAGGCGUUCAAGUCGCAGCUGAUUCCCCAGAUGCAGCCGAAAUACCCCUGACACCUGAUCACGGGCAUGGCUUUGCUGGUGAGACAUUGAAGCCGAUGAGAAGCGGGCGUAAGGGACUCGACCCUAUAUUCGCGCCACAAGGUGACGAGAUUCCUGGGCCUCACAUCCUUGCACAUUCCACUGCUACCUCUAGCAGUUCGGUCCUGGAGAACACCAACCAAUCCCAUCGCCAAUUAGCAGAAAAUGGUUGAGCCCACAAAGCCAACUUUAUCAUAUUCCCUAAUCCUACGUGCUGGCCGUCGGUCAUUUGUACGAGGAGGUGGCGCUAUUCGGAGGAGAAUGGAAGGAGCAGGUGCACUUGCACGACUAAUGAGUUUAUGAGCUUUGCAUUGCAUUGCAUGGCAUAACGAGAUGAUAAUGUUGCAUCAUGAUGCAUUUUGUAUGAUAAGACGAGGGGAGCGAAUGGUGGACAAUAAUAUGUGUGAACGAAGAACAUGCCUACGAUUGAUAGCAUGCGCGACUGUGCCUACAACACAUGCCACGCAGACAAUAUGAUUUGCACGGAAACCUUGGAC